AUGACGUUCGAUGACGACAACAAGUGCGACCGGGAAUUAAAUGAGGUUAAAACCUCUCUAUCCAUCCUAAGCUUAUCCACAACAACGACCGCGUCAUCGUCCCCGCUGCCACAAUCACAAACAUCUUCUAGCUUAUCUUCUCUUGUACGUUCGGUCGUAGAUUUUGUUGAUGAUUCCGGCAUCAAAGGAUCAAAGUCAAAAGAGAAAAAUGAUGUAGAUGUGAUAAGAGCGACAUUCGAUGGGAGCAUGGGGGAAGACAGUAUCCAGUACAUCGGUCCGCCCUUUAAAGAUAUUACCAAGUUUCUCGAUGAAGUUACUGAGGAAUUCGAGCUUGGCCAAUUAGUUCAUCUUGAGUCUUUUGGUUUAUAUGAUGCAAUGAGUUCUAUCGAGAUAAUGGAUCCAAAGAUGGACAGUGGAAUGAUAUUUGAAAGUGAUAUUAAUAAGAAAGCGUUUGACCCUUUUGUACUUUUGACUCCAAAAGAAGUUCUUGGAGUUAUGGAUAGAUUAUUUAUUUGCGAGAUGACUUGGCAUUCCGGUCAUUCAUUAUCACAAACACUUUACACCUGUCUAUACCUCGAUCAUCUGGACAAUAUAACACUUGACGCGUUUGCUUCACCUGAUAAAAAUGAUGAUAGCACACCAGCUGAAUUAGUGGCUGUUGUAUUAAAAGCAUAUAUAUUGGGGACGGUGAAAUGCUGUCAUUUAGUCUGGGAAGAGAUGUAUAAAGGUCAUGUGUAUGAGGAGGAGGACUUUGCGACGAAUAGAUAUGGAAAGUCACUGUGUGAAGAUAAAUCGAUAUCAGAUGUCAUUAAUUUAAUUGACACGGCCAAACAGUGGUUAGAUGAUGUUGGAAAAUCCUGGUUACAAAAUUAUGAUCAAUCCUCAGCAGCCACGAUAGCUCAGGCCCUUAAUCUACGUCUAUCUCUGCGCAAGUCUUUUUUGAUUGCACUGAAUAACAUCUCCCAACCGCAAUGCUCACAAUAUGCUGCUGCAGCAAAACAUCUACAAAGAGCCCUCAUGUGUUUGAAUGGUUCCAAUAACGGGAUUGGGAUUAGAGAGACUAUUGAGAUUGGAAUCGAUGUAGAGUGUGUUUUCGACCCAAUGAUAAAUCGGAAACUCGUAUCUCAAACACCACCGCGUCCAAUAAAACUACUUUCAAUAGAAGAGUCUUUGAAUGAUCUGGAUAAUCUGUUGAAGGAAGUAAUAUCAAUAUGCGGAGUCAUUGAAUACAAGUCGGCUAGUAGUUUACAGAAUUAUUUCGCAUAUUUUGCUGCACGACGACCUGCCCCAUGCGCUUUCUCAAGAUCAUUACUACAAUCUACGCUCUGCACAGAUGACCGAGUUCUCGGUUGUAUGUCAAUGCAUCAACUAGUCAAAGACUCUGUAUUAGAAUUGAACAAUCCACCCUACCCCUAUUUCACUUCAAAGACGGAGUUAAUCACACCUGGUAUUGGCAGCGGUAGUCGUGGUGGUUUUAGCAGCAGUGCAGGCGGAAACAGUUUUGAUAACACGAACAUACAUAACCUGUUACGUGUAUUCGUUGGGAAUGCUUCGAAGCCAUGGUUAAAUUUCCUUCGGGUUCUCUGUCAUAAUCGGUCGCGGCAACGAAGGAAUUUGUGUAAGUUGCUAUCAGAUUGGGAUAUGUUACAAAAUGAGGCGGAACACAUCGAUUCUGAAUUGCACGCAAUAACAAAAGAGGAACCAAUGAACACUAAGGACGGCCCAUCGUUUUCCUUUUAUUUAUCAACGUGGGUUUACCAUCAGAAGUUGGUGAUGCUGGAAGAGACUCUAUUUCUUGGAUUUGAGUUGGAGUUGUAUGGAUCGCAUGAGUACAUGAUGAUUUACUGGUAUCUUGAUUAUAUAUUGGGUGUUCAUCAUCGUCAUUUGGAGAGAAUGGCCGUGUACAUUGCUGGAAAGGCUGCAAAAAAUAAGAAAGACCAUCGUAAAUCCAGACGAAAACAAUCGAGGCCGACUCCAGUGCCUCCAAUUGUAUCACAGUUGUUUAACAAACAGCUAUUACUUACGGCAAAGCAGGAAAUAUGUCGAGGUGUUUACAGGAUGAUCGUAGCAUUACACAAAUCCAACGAUUGGGUUUCGCCUAAUCUCGAAUAUGAUAAUGAGAGCAUACGUUUUUGGAAUAGAACCAAAAUGUUAAGAAAUCUGGGUAGUCCUACUGCGUUGACUUAUGCUGACUUUAAGGAGACAACUCGGUUCCCAGACGUAUCUCCACGCGAAUUGCUGUCGGCAGCGUUGCGUAACUUUGAAACGUGUCGUAAUGUCAUCGAAAGACUGAAUUCCUUGAAACCAACAGAGACACGUAUGGAACUUUGCGGACCCGAGUUUAAAGAGGAUAUGCAAAAUAUGCUUCGAGUAUGCAUAGGUAAUUCAACUAGCAUACAAAGAAUGCUUCAUCCUAGUAUAUCGUCCACUAAACGUGAAGCAAAAGCAUCGUCCAUUCAAGAUCCAAACAGUGGUACAACAACAAAGAGAGACAUAGUAAUCGAGUUCAAGUAUCAUCCGUGGUAUGCCUAUAUAAAUGAACACGCGAUUUUAACCAUGAAGGACCUAAUAUGUGGAACAUAUAUUUCCGCAAUAUGUUUCAGAGUGGAUACAGCCUCGUCGAAUUCUUAUGGCGAAAACAAAAAGUGUGUCGGAUAUACAAGACCUAUUGAGAAAAAUGUCGACGAAGAGAAUGAGAGGAAUGGAGCAAGCAGUAAACGAAAGUUACAAGUACGCGAUGAUACAACGGAAGUGAUGGCAUAUCUUUAUCAGAGGAGGAACUCGAAGAAGCCAUCCAAUUAUUACAUCACAGACUCUGAUCCUAAAACUUUCUCGCAUUUCCUUCACCGACUCUACACCAACGAAAUAAUCUCAAGGACGGAACCGAGCCGUCUGAUAUGA